AUGGAGGAGAUUCAAUGCGUUCUUCUGGGACUCGACUCCUGCGCGUUGCUUGCAAGUUCUCCUCUCAUAUCGUCUGGGCAUACUAUUAACUCCAUGGACGAUGCUAGCGUUAACGGAUAUGGUGCUAAUGACGCUUCUAUUCUAUCACUCACUCCGUCCAUACGCUCCAGCCUUCACCCGACCGAGCUGUUGCUAUUGGAAGGCUUACUACCACUUGGGCGGCAAUAUGCCCUACUUUCUGCAAUAGCAAGAGACACAAGCUUGGGUAGAACAGAGGGCCUUUAUGCAUCUGCUGUGGGUGCCGCUUUAGAAAAGAUUCUAUCCUGUUAUGUGGAGGAUGUAAAAUGUGCGAAAACUCCCUCUGAACUGGCUUUACUGAGCUCUACCUAUUCCUUAACGUUUAACCUGCUCGAGAAAAUAACGCAGCAAAAAGCACCCAAAUCAGGGCCAUCGUCAUCGUCGUUAUUGACCAUCGAGUACCUCGCGGGAAUCGGCGAUUUUUUAUCAAACAUGGAAUUACCUCCAUCAUUUCGACAAAUUCUAGGGGAACAUAUAUGGCAGGCCGUGUUGUACACUACAGCACACUAUGUAGCUCACGGUGUGGUGCUGUACGGACGUUCUGACUACUUCAUUUCUGUUUCUUCAGCAACUUCGUCUCUUUCUGGAGGUAAGAAAUGCUCCGCCGAGGCACACACACUUCACCAAGACCUCCUGCCGCCUGGUCUCUCUGUUAACCUUGGCUUGUCCAUACUCGCUGCUGGGAAGGCACGCCGCGUGCUUCUGAACGAGGUGGAAGCCAACGAAGGUGAUUAUCUAGAGCAGCUUGCGAUAGGUGCGCUUGAUGGGGCUGCUGAAUCUGUUUUCCAGACUAUCUUUGCCCCUUCUUUAUGCGAAGGUGGCCUGCUGGCAGUAGAUGAAAUGGCCGCACGGGUGGAGUCUGCUAGGGCUCUCUGGACAAAAGCCCUUUGGGAAAGGGUGUCCCGUACUGCGCCGUUAGCAGAGUAUCUUGAAGCACUUCAGGUGGUCUUUAUGUGCGCCCGCGGCGACUUGUGGCACGCAUUUGUCGAGUGCACUUUCAAUGUUAUCUGCUCGAAUAGGAGCGAAGUGCUGCAUAAUCCACACGAGCACGCGGGCUCGAAGCGGAUUCACACGUCAUCGCAUGCAAACCUGCGCCGGGCUGUGGGGGAGGCCUUCGCGUACGGGCUUAGUGUGUCGGGUCUAGCUGAGCUAUCGACGUACGAGUGUUUUUCUGUAAGCUUGCCGCAGGGAGCGUCACAGUUAGAUACCAAAACCGUGAUGAUGGACGGAACAUCAAGCUGUAUGGCGGUUGAAGACGUCGCGGGGUCGAUUUUGAGUCUUGUUCGUGAUCUUUGUAUCGUCUACACGACUCCUCAAGGGCUUCAACUUGUGGUGUCGCAAAAGGCCCUUGAAUAUUAUCAACGACUCUUCUCACUGCAUAUGUCGAUGCGCUUUGCACUGCAUUCCUUGAGCAUACUGCGUCAACUAUUUUCGGAUGCCAUCACAACCAACCCGAAGCCAUCCACUGACUUGCGCCGCGCCUACGCUCUUUUUCAGAUGCUCCACUUUCUGCAGACAGCUGUCGCAAAUUACUUUCAAAUUGACGUCGUCCUCCUGUACACGCACGAGCUUCGCCAGAAUAUUGAGCGCUGCACUAGUCUACAGGAGGCUAAGCACUGCCAUGAUCGUUUUAUAUGGAAUAUAGCGGAAAAUUCCUUCCUUACAGAGGGCUCUGAAAGGGUUCUGACAACGUGCCGAGCCCUGGAAGAAUGCGCUGUCACGCUUUACAUGAUAUGUGUGCGUUAUCGUCUCAACUAUUGGGCUGUAGAUGGGGUUAACCAAACCCCAAUCGAAGUUGCAGCGGCGCUGACAGCUCUGGAAACGCGAGUGCGGCAGAAGGUUUUGGCGUCCUUUGUCAGUCACCUCAGCGUUUCUAGCCGGCAUGCGGAGCGUGCCCUAUGGGUUCGAAUCGACUUCAGUCGGUACUUUUCUUUCCACCGCAGCGCUAAUCGCGACUCAGGCGUUGGCAGCCCGGUCGUUACCUCCACGGUUGGUUUCUCUGUUCCGAUCCCAGGCGGUGAUGGUGGGGGGAAUCUUCGGACCCGUCUUGAAACACCACAGGACGUGGGAGCAAGGGGCACAACUGAGGAAACCAAACCGGCCACGCGCCGCUUCCAUAGCACGACGGCGACACCGCAUCGACGUCCUGCCCAAGGAUCCUCAAACCGUGUUAUCAACAAGGAAACAAGCCAUACUCGGGCAUCAUCGUUAGCGGUGCGUCGUCGUGGGCCUCGUGAAGGCUAG